CCCCAGAUCAGCGGAGAAUCACAUGAAGAAGAAGUGUCGCCUAACCUACAAGCGUAUCAUUCCUAGAUAUUAUGGCAGGAACAAGGACGGAACUGUUGCCAAAAGACGAGAUGCGGUAGCAUACUGGGUUAGCCAGAACAUAGACUUUAUGAAUGAAUGUGUAUUCUUGGAUGAAGCUGGCUUUAACAGGAGUAUGCAUCGCUCAUAUGGAUGGUCUGAGGCUGGAACACAUUGCAAAAUUAAUGUUCAAAUGAAGGGAGCAAAUGUCAGCA